GCAUAUUUAUUGAUCUGUCCUGUACUUCCUUAUUUCUGUACUUCUAUAUUAUUCGGUGGGAGACACCGUAGGGAACAUGCCAGCAAUAACAUCGGACUCAAAAAUACCAGUCCUCACGAUCCGUCAUUUUACAGAUGAAUUAGACUCCCUGGCUUAUGCCCUCGAACCCGAAGAAAGAGAGGAUACAUGGGAAAAGUUUGAAAAAGCUAUCAUUAGAUUUAUAGCAGUCACCAAGGGGGGAGGAUAUCAAUUUACAGAGAGUUAUGUCGAAGGCGUUGGAAGAGGAGGCGUUGGAUCAAAAAUCGUUAGAUGUAUGCUUUCCGACAGAGGGAGGCUGUCGGGAGUAGCAAUUGAACUUCUUCAAACAUUUGCUCCUCAAUUAGGGCUGCACUUUAAGCCACUCGUCAAUCUCUACCUCGAACCCCUUGUCGUGCUCUUGGGACGUCCUAAUAAAGUUUUCCUUAAACGGGCCGAAAAAUGUUUAGCAGUCAUUAUCUCCAACUGCCAAAUCCCUGCUAUCCUUACUUCUCUCCGCCGAGGACUAGACGACAAUGCAGCGAGCUGUAGAAAAGGGUGUUCAAUGGGCGUCGAAAGAGCCCUUAAAGAGUGGCCGAUUGAGUUAUGGACAGAAAAAUGGCUGGUGAUACUGGAAGAGAGCUUGAAGAAAAUGGCGACGAAUAAGGAUCCGGAUGUGAGAAAGGCCGGAAAGAAUGUGUGGGCAUUGUUCAUGGAUGCAUGGCCGGAAAGGGUGGACGAAUUUUCAGCACCUCUUACUCCUACCAUAAAGCGCUAUCUCGACAUAUCCGGUGCUGGAGGACCUUCCAAACCCAAAUCAACACGUCCAGCACCUGCUCGCAAAGCUCUCCCGCCUCUUACUUCAUCUACCACCUCAUAUUGCAACAAACCUCUACACAGCAGUCGACCUCGUGCGGCGCACAUCUCUUCUUCCGCUGCGGUCACGGAAGCGGGUCUCUCUGGGAGACGAUCGCCUCAUAAAGAACCCACCUUCAACCAUGAACCAUCUUGCGCUUCUAAAGCGUAUCACGAAUAUUCUCAACGCGAACGGUCUCGCGCAUUAGAGACGGCCUCGCUUGCAUUUAGUCACGCCGAUGCACCAUCCCGGGUUUUUCCCCAUGACAAUCUUCCCUCGUCAUCAAAUCCAUCUUCAUUCUUCUCUCCUCCUGUUCGGCUUGAACAUCAUACCCAACAAGCAAAACCAAAACCUCUCUCCAAACCUGUCAGACCAGUUAUGCCCACAUCAUUUUCCGUUCCUGCACUUCACACCAACCCUUAUUCCUAUGUGAGCUCGGGCAAAAGCGGGAGAACAGAGGAACCUGUUAGACCGAGGAGAUUGGGACAAGCUCAAAGGAUCAAGGUGACACACCCCAUGGAUGGAGAAGAGGGAGACCAAGAACGUGAGCAGCGCGAGCAUGGACGUGAACUGGGCAGAGAGGGCCCCUUGAGAGGUGCUGUAAGACCCGGCACGGCUGGAAUGGGCGGACUGGGAAAGAAAGCCGGGUUAGGCCGUGCCGAAAGGAGGGUCGUAACAGCUCCUCUUCCUACGGCUACCGGUGCAGUGACAAAUGGCACGUUGGAAGGAGGGGCAGUGAGAUUGAGGAAAAGGGAACAUGAUAUUGCCGCUACCGGUCAAGAGCAAGCGGAUUACGGUUCUACAACGCGCGUACACCUGCCAUCACAACAAGAAACAGUACUAGAAAUAGAACCUGGUUUACAUCAUCAUCAACCCGAACCUCAACAGCAACAGCAAGGGCUGUUCUCUCCUGUUGCGGUACACAUCCUAAAAAAAAAUGCCGACUCCCCGCUAUUACCUGUGCUUAUGGGUUCACGUUCGAGAUCAUAUUCGACUUCCUCCACCCCGUCGCUAGAAAACCAGUUUGCACCGACGACCUCUACUCCAUCCAUCGCCCAUCCUAGUAUUCCUGCAUCGGAAUUGGUAUCCCCCCUGAAACAAAAGAACGUCUCAGAAGCGGAAGCACAAGACGAAAAGAAAAAGGACCAAGAGGAAGAGAUGGAGCCAGUGAAGGUCUCCUUGAAUGAAGUUUAUCCCCUCAGCCCGCCUUCAACGAAGCCGUCUAGCGAACAAAAGGAGGAACUAGAGCUGGCUAAACGGUUAGAGUUGCCUGCGAGUCCGAAAAGAGGAGAUGGAGAUGAUGGACAGGAGAAAAGACGUGAGGAUAAGGACAGCCCAGAAAGGAAAGGAAAAGGGCGACAACAAGCCGUGGUUCCGAUAUCCACACUCACUACCGCUUCAAUUCCCGCCCCAGCUUUGACUACAACCUCGGCGCCUGUCCCUCCCCCAUCUUCUACCUCCGCCACUACCGUCCCACCUUCUCGCAAACCUCCCGUUCCCACUGCCGCCUCUUCCCGUCCCCUGAAACCCCGUUCACGCGUGAUCAGCGGCUCUUCAGUAUCUACCAAACCCACGAAUAAAACCUUUACCAAGCCGAUAGUGCGCAAAGCAUUUCGGCCUACAUCUUCUACGUCUUCCACUUCUGCGACUGCGACCGGCGCAGCUUCCGCAGGUGGAAGUGGAAAAAAUCAUUUGACGGCGGCCACAAUAGCGAGUCGUGCGAAGGCUGCUGCUGCGACUUCUAGUAAACCGGUAGUCGUAACGUCAAGCACGAGUGCCAAUGCCAGUAGCGCUGGUGUGGGAGGUGCAGCUGCUUCUUCGACAGGAGAAAAAUGUAAGGAUACAGAGGAACGGGGGUAGGAGGAAGAGAAGGUGGAGAACGAGAGGAAGAAAGGGAAGUAGUUUUGGGGCGCCGAGAGGAGAGAGAGGGAGGGAAGAAGGAGAGAGGAAGAGCAUUAGGAGGACCGUGCGAGGAGGCGUUAGCGAGGAGAGAAGUCCGAGCAGAGGGUACAGGGUGUUGUAAGGUGUCUAUGAAUGCAUAAAGAAAAAAGAAAGGGACUAUAAUAGAAUCUGAUAGAAUAUGUAAAGAUAGCCAUGCAACAG